AACGGCCGGCGGUCCUCGGCUCGAGUGUCUUCGAAAUCACGGCUGAUAACGUCCAAUCGCGUGGUGUCGCGUCGCCGAGUCUCGGCAAGUGUGCGCAAGUCGCGAUUCGCGUAUGCGCUCGGUACCGAGAGGCUCGUUGGUAGGUUCGUCCAGUCGCGUCCAGCCGGCCAGAGGAAGCCCAGCCAGGUCUCGAGGUCGUAUGAAGAGAAACGCCAGGAUGCCAGGUCGCCUGGGCUCGUGGUUAAAAGUGCGACGUGCCUACAUGGUGAUGAACGCUAGGACUAAGUACACCAUCAUCGGUGAGAAUGAAUCCGAAUCGUGAUCUUAGUUUCGCUCGUUCGCGUGACGCGCACGGUCCCGGGGUUUAUUUUAGUCGUCGUGCUCGGUCGCACGAUUCUCUGGUCUCUAAACGCGUAUCGCCGUGGGAUGGCAGCAGCCAUAAAGAAAAAUCACUCACGUAGAAGGUUGGCCGCCCUCACUUUCCUUUCCAAUAUCUCCCUCGACGGAAGCCACCGAGACACCAAGUUGGCCUUGCUGUCUCGUAGCGAAGUGAUACGGGAUCGUACUUCGAGCCUCGAAGGACAGCUCCAGAGAAGAGAGCGAGGCAACUUGGAUACGCCAACCGAAGAGACGGUCGAUGGCAUAGCGGAGAAGUCUCGGAUCGUCCCUGGGACUGGACAGGCCGGUUCGCCGCGAGCUACCCAGAGAAGCACCGAGCAACGCUUGGUUGGCUCCGAUUCGGAAGGGCACCUCGCUCCGGCGAAAGUCACGGUCGCGGCUUUCCUCGAACAGGAGAGAAACUGCCCUUUGGCAGUGGCUGGAAUUCAUAAUUCCUUUAGAGAGCGUACGGGAACUGCCGGGAGUGACUAUUCCUUGCCCGAGAGGCGUGUGGGAUCCCUACAAUAUAAAAAACGAAUUGUUCAUCAAACGUCAACGCUUUCCGAAGACAUUAAGAAUCAAUACAACAGCAGUAACGAGAGCAUCGGCUCGCUGCGCUCAAAGUCCUUAUCUCAGACAUCGAAAACAAAGUCAAAGGUGCUGAAUAGCGUACAAUCUGGCUGCACAAAUAGCGGAAUUAUUCCCGAAGUAACCAGGGAAUUACGUCUGAUGCAGCGACCGAUUAAUGGACACAAGUUCGGGGAUGACAGACUCGUAUUGGUAUCUACAAAGCGGGUACCGUUUCUCGUAUUCUCCGCUCUUCCUUAUAACAAAGGACAGAGAACGAGUUGCUACCAAAGUACAGUGGGUAUCAUCUCUGUCUGCAAAAACUAUGCGGUCCCUAAUCCGGUUUUAAAAAGGUCGGAGCUGCGAAAAGAUACUGGUCGCAAGAAAACUGCCACUGGUCCAAGACCGUUAUCAGCCAUCAACGAUAAUUUGGACCCUUUCGGCUUAUUGGGAAUAGAACGUGCCAAAGAUGGCCAGGAAAUUUCAUAUGGGCAGUUACUCGUACCAUCUAGGCAAUUUCAAAAAGAAAGAAAAUCACAUGCAAGUGACAGUGAGACAUUAGAACUCAUGCAUGUAGUGCCUAAUAAACAUCAUCCAGUGUCAAGGACGAAAACUAUAUCCUGGAAUGUGGAAAAAACUAAAUGGUGUCUUUCCUAUGAUACAGCUACACAUCGUAGUCAGCAUGUGGUUCCAGGUUCUCCUCCGCUGUCGUUUACAGCUGAUAUAAAAAGUCAUGAUUGGGAUGAACAGUCUUUACAAUACAAUCCUAAUUUACUAGACGAUCCAGAAUUGAUUGCAGGGAAGCACCGAACAUUACUUACUUUUACAUCGUACAUGGCUUCUGUAAUUGACUACGUAAGGCCCUCCGAUCUGAAGAAAGAGUUAAACGACAAAUUCAAGGAGAAGUUUCCAAACAUUCAACUUACCCUGAGUAAAUUGCGAAGUCUAAAACGGGAAAUGAGGAAAAUAGCCAAGAUGGAGGUCGGCAUCGAUCUACUGACCGUCGCAAUGGCUUACGUAUAUUUCGAGAAGUUAAUUUUGAGGAACGUCGUGACGAAACAGACACGGAAAUUAUGCGCUGGUGCAUGUUUGUUACUGGCUGCUAAAUUGAACGACGUGAAGGGCGACAUUUUGAAAUCGUUAAUUGAGAGAAUCGAAAGUGUGUUCCGCUUGAAUCGUAAGGAAUUAAUUACAUCGGAAUUCGCCGUACUGGUGGCCCUAGAGUUUGGAUUGCACCUUCCAACAUGGGAAAUUUUUCCCCAUUAUCAGCGGCUCAUUUACGAGUCUUGACGACCAGUCAUAUCAAACGUAUCGCGUAGGCACAGAACGCUUUCUUCGUAAAAGAUUAAAAACCACAGUUUAUCGCUGUACUAAAUAACCAGUCUUAUUAGCCAAUGGACAAGGCAUUACUACAGGAACUGUUCGUAAUACUUCAAGUUGCCGAAGAAAAUAGUAGGUGCGCAGAUUUUCAAUGAAAUGUAUGACUCCUCGAGGAAAUGGAGUGAAGACCAUACAACGCGAAAUACGAGCGACAUAUAGCAUUCGGUAGUAUUAGUACGACGAUACUUGAUACUGGGAUAGGAUAAACGCGAUGUGCGCGGAAAUUUUUAUAGCCCCGAUUUAUCAUUGCGGUGAAAAAGAAACUAAACGAUCCAUGUUGUUACUGCAAUAAAAUGAAUCGCAGCGAUAAGUAGAAGAGUAGAUAGGAAACUCCGAAAAUUGAGAAAACUGAUAAAAAGUUAAUUUCGAUCAUGUCCGCUAUUCAGAAAUAAGAAUGCAGCAAUUCAUUGUAGGCAUCUGUAAUGCAUUUAAUCUUAAAUGUUGAAGAUUUGUGUUGUGAGUAUAAUACUCUUCAUGCGAGGCAUGGAACGAUUUCAAUUACAAAUAUUAAGGACGUCAUUUAUAAUUAAUGCAAAAAAUGUCGAAAUUUAAAGGAACUUAACGGUGUAGAAUUUGUUCAAACUACGUUUGACGAUUUGGACUAUAACUAUGUUUGUGAACACACCAAGCUACCAAUUUAUAAUUGUUUUGGUGAUUGUCAGUGUAUACAAAUAUGGUUACAGCCAUUGAAAUGUUAUUAUCAAUGUAUUAGCUAAGAUGCGAUCAAUAUAACUUAACUUACGUGACAGUCGAACAGUUAAUUUGGUCUUACUGCCAGUAAUGGUCAACACAAUACUAAAUACUUCAGACACUUUAAAUACUUAAAACUAUAACGUAACUCCAAUUAAUCGGAUAUUUGUAUAAUAGAGAAAUUAUGUUUAUCAACGUUGACUAUGUACUUACGGUACUCAAAAGUUAUCUUCUGGGCAGUUGUAAUUUAUAAUUGCCUGGUUUUAUCCAGGUGUAUGUGUGCUCAUUUUGUACGUAUCAGUAUUCGCCAUGGUCGUAUAUUACAUUUUUAGUGAAUUAUAGUCAUGUUACGUUUAUAAGUUAUAUUUUCUUUAAGAUAUGAAAGUCUUUUAAUGUAAUAUAUAUGCAUUGUGUUGUUACAAUUAAUCUCGUUUAAAAACCUUUUCUGAGGUUUGCACUAUAAUUCGAUAGGGAGCGUCCAUCUUGGUACUAAUUUAAAUAUACGUUCAAGUACAUUUUAUAGAGGAAUAGAAUGGCGCGUCAUUAAAUAUCAAGUAAACAAUACAAUAUGCGAUGUUUAGAGGGAGUAAAUACGAUAGGCUACAUUCGGAUAUAUAAGUAAGUGUCGGUAUCAACAAGAUAUUCAAGACUAAUAUUAACAAUUUUCUCGAUACACUUACCUAUAUAUACGGACUGUUAUGAUAUAUCCUAAUUGCAUCUUCGUUGUCUAUAAUAGAUAUAAUCACGUGGAAAAUUAAUAAGAAAUGGAACACGGUCGAAUGAGUAUUAGCUCAUGGACUGAAAGUGUACAUCCUACAUGUUACACAUUAACUGAUUAUAAAUGACUCGGUUUUAUUUCAGUUCCGAAUUGACAUUAAUGUAUAUGCCACUUGUUAUCGCACUCGUGUAUAUUAGCACGCACUUUUAAACUAGAUGAGGCUCGUUAGCAUCCAUACUAAAGUCAAUUAGUUACUUAAAAAAUAUAUAUCAACUCAUUUGAGUAUGUAAAUUAUUAAAGAUUGAUAAGGUUCGGAUCUCUUCCAAUUCGGAUCUUUGUCGAGUUAACAGACUACCGAGGACGGUCACUGAAUUUCACGAAAAAAUCCGAACCUUAACAAUUGUAUAAUACAUUUAUGCACCGACAUUUCUAUUUGUAAAGUGUAAAUAUUUUCAUAAGUAUGAUUUUGUUUUAAGCAGAUAUUCCUUUAAGACACGUACGUGUUGGAAAUGUUACUUAAUGCAGACAUAGGAGAUAUUUUAUCUUAACUCGACAUGUUUUCCCCCAAAUUGUGACUUAAUUUUUUUUAUUUCCUUAAUUUGUGUAAUUCUCAGACAUUCUUUGCCAAGUGGUAACGUACAAUUUGAAGAAAUAUUACAAAGAAAAGAGAAAUAAGCUAUUUUUUAAAAUGCUAAUGCAACUUUCGUUUUAAAUUGGGACAGGCAGAGGGAAAGAAAGAAUCAAAAGCAGCAAGGGGAAAUCUUUGUUGAAUGGAGAUGAAAUACUCUGUACUUGUAAGAAGGGUAAUUACGUGUUAUGUACUGGAGAUUUAAAACGUGAUAAUGAAAUAGUGUUUGAAUGCAUUAGUCAAUAUAUUUACGUACUCGUAUAGGUAGCGGUAAGACUGAAAUGUGGAAAUCCUAGAAUUUCACAUUACUCAACAACCAAUAUCAUUAUUCGUUACAACAUAAAAUAGUACGUCAUUGAAUCAAACUUCACUGGAAUAGGAUAUUUCACGCGACUGGCAAAAUAUUUCUUAACUGUACAUAUUCACUGUUAUAAACGUCUCAUCGUGUGAAUGUAAUCAACGAGGUCGGCAGAAGAAGUACGCAAGUGCUGGUUAUACCGAAAUAAUUCGUAAAUCCGUGCUGUCACAUUAGGUAUUACAUGUUGUUCCUGGUAAAUAACGAACGGAAAUCCAAAUCGAGGGAUGAUAGCCUCAUUUUUGUCAUUGCCGAAGCUCCCUUUCUCAAGUACCAUUCCUUGAUAAUUGUAAAGAAUAAACUCAGUAACCAAGCACGUAGUAAUUGCAUGCCUGAAAGCAUAAAGCGUUAACCGUGGUCUUUCUUUUAUCCCAUUGAUUUAUCGAAUGUCAGGGAAGAUACUUGUACACCGUAAAUGUUUCUUAAUCGUUCCGUGGACGGGAACUCUUUAUGUUUUUCUGUAAUCAGAAUGUGUCUCGGAAAGAUGUAUGUACCAUCUUGAAGUUGUAGGCAAUCCGCAGGGCGUAGAAUGUCGGGAUCCUCCUGUACAGUGUAUAUACGUAUAUAUAUUUGGUACUGUGAGAUAAGGCGCGAGCAUUGGUAUCUUUUGUAACGGAAUCUUACCUUUUACAAGCUGCAUUCCCGAAGUACUAUUGGUGAGCGAGAAAAGACGGGAUCUUUCGGAAAGGGAAGAUCCCUUGUAAACGGCGGAGAACUCUCGGGUGUCAAUUGUUCGUACAAUGUAUUGCUUGUUGGAGAGCACUAGAGAAACUGCGGGUUUCUAGAUUAGAUGCGAUAAGACAAAUGGACUCGCGGUGUGAAUAUAACCUUUUGUGAUAUCAAACGGCAAAGUCGCGUUUUAAACGGUAACGGUACAUUAGAGCUCUAUCCUACUCGCACCGGUAGUUUUGUAAACCGUACUUCCACUCUGUAUGCAAUUUGAAAUUUGUUACAGCCGGAAGUGAUAUAUACUUUAAGUUAUCGAAGCGAAGAUCAAACCGACCUCUAAGAAGCGGACAGAUAACUUUUGUAGUUUUUCAAAACCGGGCGAUGUGUCUUCGCCAUAAAUACGUACUACUCGAUUAUAAAUCACGUAACGAUGAAACAGUGUAUGCAUUCUAGUCCGUUGCUAAUAUUUUUAAAUCGAUCAAACGACUAAUGUGAUUCUCAAUUGACCAUAGUAUCUAUAUUCUAUAGAAUUUACAUGUUAAAGACAUCCAUUGUAUUCUAGCAAUCAGAUCUUGUGGAUUGAAUAUAUUGUACUUAUGAAUAAAACGUGUACUGCAUUGUGCAUGACCUCUGAAGCGA